UUGACUCUUUGAUUUGACACAAAAUUUCUCAAAAAUCAUACGGGAGAAUUUAUCGUAAUUUUUCCAAGUUUCCGUGAUUUAUUUGAAAAGCAAACGUUUUCAAACACCAGCUUUGUUUUAGUUUGUUGGUUUUCUUGAUAUUAAACAAAUAGCAUGAUGGUGGAAGGCUCGGCAUUUACGCGGAACGAUGUGUUCCAAAUGGCUAUCCGCGUUGCUUUUGUAUCUGCAGUGACUUAUUUCUCAAUAAAAUGGCUCGUGAAUCAAAUAGAUCCCACUUCCAAGAGUAGGAAGAAGGCAGAGGAGAGAGCGCGGGAACAGUUACGCAAGAUGUCUUGCAGAGCCGGUCUGGGCGGAAAGCAUUCAGUGGUGCUAGACAAACUAACAGAUCAUGAGAUGAUCAUUGCAUCACAGCUGGUGGUGCCAGAAGAGAUCAAUGUGAACUGGAAAGACAUUGCCGGCCUGGACCACUUGAUAAAGGAGUUGAGAGAGACCGUGAUCUUGCCCAUACAGAAGAGGGAAUUGUUUGCUGACAGUCGGCUCACUCAGCCGCCCAAAGGAGUCCUGCUGCAUGGACCACCAGGUUGCGGCAAAACCUUGAUAGCCAAGGCAACAGCGAAGGAGGCCAACAUGAGUUUCAUCAACUUGGAUGUCUCUCUGCUGACCGACAAGUGGUACGGAGAGACACAGAAGCUUGCGGCUGCUGUGUUCAGCCUUGCUGUCAAGUUGCAGCCUUGCAUUGUGUUUAUUGACGAAAUAGAGUCAUUCCUUCGCACGCGCACGCAGCACGACCACGAAGCGACAGCGAUGAUGAAGACUCAGUUCAUGUCGCUGUGGGACGGACUCAUCACCGACCCCACCUGCACUGUCAUCAUCAUGGGCGCCACCAACCGGCCCCAGGACCUGGACAAGGCCAUCCAGCGCCGCAUGCCCGCCACCUUCCACGUGCCAAUGCCCAGCGAGACCCAGCGCGAGCGGAUCCUGCAGCUCAUCCUGCAGUCUGAGCCCACUGCACCAGAUAUCGAGUACCGGCGGCUGGCGAUGGCGACGGAGGGCUUCUCCGGCUCGGACCUGCACGAGCUGUGUCGGCAGGCGGCCGUGUACCGCGUGCGCGACCUCGCCCGGGACGAGCUCGCCAGGGAGCAGCAGACACAAGAAACCAAAUCGAACACAUCCGACUCCGACGAGGAAUACGUAGACGCCGUCCGUCCCAUCACUAUGGAAGACCUCCGGAUGGCUCUCAGCAAACUGAAGGAGUCCAAGAUACAAUGCGGCUCGCUAGCGCCGUCCGUUCGGUUGGAACUCGACUAGAUGAACAAUUCGACUACACAUACCUUUAAGUCGACUAGACACAUCCCGAAGUCGGAUAAUUUUCUCGACUACUGUGAGUUUAAGAGUAGUUUUAAUGACAGAUACGCUAUACCAAAUUUAUUUUACUGAUUAAAUAGUAACACAUACGUAUUAAUAAAAAAACUCGACUAGAUGAACAAUUCGUUUACUUACACUUACCUUAAAGUCGACUAGACACAUCCCGAAGUCGGAUAAUCGUCUCGACUAUUGUGAGUUUAAGAGUAGUUUUAAUGACAGAUACACUAUACCAAAUUGUUUUUACUGAUUAAAUAGUAACACAUACGCAUUAAUAAAAAAACUCGACUAGAUGAACAAUUCGACUACACUUACCUUGAAGUCGACGAGAUAAAUCCCGAAGUCGUAUAAUCGUCCCGACUACUAGUAGAGUAGUUUUAAUGACGGAUACACUAUACCAAAUUGUUUUUACUGAUUUAAUAGUACAAAUCAGAGCUGUAAAGCCAGUUAAAAAGACAUCUCGCUAUUUGACAUCAUACACAGAUUGCCUCAAAGAUAUUUUUUGCAAGAAAUAUCCUUGACACUACUCCCCAGCCAACUCACUAAUCGCCCUAACAUGCAACCAAACGACGUACCUCUUGCAGAGAAAUAGACAAAAAAAUCAAUCAAUUGCAGCUCUAAAAGAAAUAUCCCCAUGUCUUUCAUUGGGACAAAAGAGAUUGGACUAAGACUAUAACGCCGCCAUUUGUUGACAUUUUGUCUAUUUCUCAUCGAGAGGUGAAUCUUUGGUCGCAUGUUAGCGCUACAAUUCUGUGUUGGAGAGGUACAGUACAAGUUUUCAGCUUGCCUCAAAUGCGUACCCAAAAAUCGAACUCUUCAAUUAUAUGUGGCUUGUCUAUACAGGGUGCUUGGAAGUAUUUUCCAUAACUUCAAUAUGUUGACGAGUCCACUUACAGGAGCCGUACUAUACAACUAAUUUUUUUUAAUUUAUUUUAUUUAAAUUAAAAUUCAUACAAAGUAAUUCAAAUAAUCCAUGUAACACACGCCUUUAACUAUCCUUACAUUUUAAAAUACGUAAAACUUGGCUACGUCAUAAAUAUUAGGAUGAUGAUUUGGAUGUUUACAAAAGAAAUAUUACUUACCCCAAAAUAUUAAUUUUAGAACAUAUGUUCCUUGAACAUUUUUAAUAAAUUUUUGGUAAAGUGUAUAACCCCAGAGUUAAGGUAAAUUAGUCCCCAGCACCCUGUAGAUAUCAAUAUAGCUAUUUAAAAAUGUUCUAAAUUAUUAACAACAGAUUUUAAACAAACAGAAAAAUUAUGUGUCUGUUGUCGUUUUAAAUAUUUUAAUCACUAAAUGUCGUAUGUACAUUAUGUUUGUCUGUAAAUAUUGAUUUAAUAUCGUUAAAGUAGAAAUCUAUUUACUAUUGUUAAAUUAUUGUAAAUAUUUUAUUGGUAAACAAAGUAUCGUAAUAAUUACUGUUAUGUCAUACAAUUGUGAAAGUUUAUUAACAAAUUACAAGUAACUUUAUCUGCGUGAAACUCAGACCAAUUAUUGUAUAGGACCUGCCUCGCUAGACGUUACUUUUCUGUCAAAGUAUAUGAUUAACGAUCUAAUGCGAUUAUAAAAACUGUCUCUAUAAUAUCGAUGUUAAAUUGUUGUAAUUGUGUUCGUAGGUUAAAGAGCUACGUAAAAACACCUUUUUGUGUAAUUGAAUUGUGUAAAAAACGGGCAAAAACUUCUAGUUUAGUAUAAGAUAUGUACUAAAUCUAAGCUCGUUUUCUUCAGAAAAUGACAGAAAAUUUUGUUCGUGACUUUGAGUGCGAUACAGGUCCUUCUAUAAUUGGUCUGAGGCGUGAAAUUAAUGUUUAUCUUGAAACUUUUAUGCCUCAAUAUUUCUAUUCAGGAAAUAUUGAUCAUAUUUAAAACAUAUGGCAAAUAUUCUAUGAAUGAACUUUUAGAUAGCCCGGGAUCAGUUUAGCAUUUUUACAAUUGAUUACUAUCAAGUUAAUUUUUCGUGAGUAGCUAGUGUCCGUGCUUCGUACCGUGCUAGCCCAGCAUGAAUGACCUCUGCCUCCGAUUCCAAAGAGUGUGGGUUCGAAUCCGGUCUGAGGCAUGCACCUCCAACUUUUCAGUUGUGUGCAUUUUAAGAAAUUAAAUAUCACGUGUCUCGUGUGUGAAGUCUGCCAAUCUGGGCCAGCGUGGUGGACUAUUGGCCUAACCCCUCUCAUUCUGACAGGAGACUCGAGCUCAGCAGUGAGUCGAAUAUGGGUUGAUAAUGAUGAUGAUACAAACAUCGUCCAUGUACGAAGACUUGGUUCCAAUAAAUGCGAAUUAUUAAGUUUGUUUGUUUUAUAGUCGCGUAGGUAAUUCGUUGUAGAUGGCUGUGUGUACUGCGUCACUGUAUGAUUAGUUAUUUAGUCAUUUACGCUUUUUAGAUUGUACGUAAAAUGUAAUAUUUUACUGAAAUUGGCGAAAAAUAAUAAACAACACUAGUAGUAAUAUUUCUUAUAAAGUCGAAAAUUACACCUGUGUGUGUUUUCAUGUGUUAUAUUUGUGCCGUGAUAGCCCAGUGGAUAUGACCUCUGCCUCCGAUUCCGGAAGGUGUGGGUUCGAAUCCGGUCCGGGGCAUGCGCCUCCAACUUUUCAGUUGUGUGCAUUUUAAGAAAUUAAAUAUCACGUGUCUUAAUCGGUGAAGGAAAACAUCGUGAGGAAACCUGCAUACCAGAGAAUUAUCUUAAUUCUCUGCGUGUGUGAAGUCUGCCAAUCCGCAUUGGGCCAGCGUGGUGGACUAUUGGCCUUACCCCUCUCAGUCUGAGAGGAGACUCGAGCUCUGCAGUGAGCCGAAUAUGGGUUGAUAUUUGUGCAGAGGCACAUUUUUUUUAUUUACACAAAUAAUUGCAAAAAUAAAUAGGGUAUUCAUUUAUUUUUGCAACACGGCUAAAACUCACGUCGUACUUGAUAGGGUCAAUUAGGGGUUGAAAAUCGUUAUGAAUAUCAUGAAAGAGUUGUACAUGUUGAUUUGACUGUAAGUUGUAUAAAUUGUAUGUAUAAAGAAUUUUGAAAAUUAAAGUCCUGAUUGUUUUGAAUUAUGUGAAAGUUUCUCUGAAAAAAAAAGUGUGUGUCGGCUCCGACGCACGAAUCUUUCAGUACGACUGACUAAAUAGAGUAUGUUGCCCCGCAGCCUCAGACCAACUAUUGUAUGGGACCUGCCUCGCUAGGUGUAACUUUUCUGUCAAAGUAUGAUCAAUGAUCUAAAGCGAUUAUAAAAGCUGUCUCUAUAGAAUCGAUGUUAAAUAGUUGUAAUCGUGUUCGUCGAUUAAAGAGCUCCGUAAACACGCCUUUUUGUGUAGUUGAAUGGUGUAAAAAACGGACAAAAACUUCUAGUUUAGUAUAAGAUAUAUACCAAAUCUAAGUUCGUUUUUUUCAGAAAAUGACAGACAAUUUUGUUUGUGACUAUGAAUGCGAUACAGGUCCUUCUAUAAUUGGUCCGAGCCCGCAGCAUACACUAUGUACGUCCCAAUACACACGCCUGAAAAGUGAAAGGUGCGCAACCGAGGAGCUAUAUAUGAAAAAUCGAUUCUCCCCAAACCCCAAAAAAAAACUUUUAUGCGUAGUCGCGGCUGUCAGCUAGCCUUCCGCUUAGAUGAAUGUUUUUAUGUGUUCCUCGUCGCGUUAUAAUUCAUACGAUUAUGAUGAAACUUUUGUUCUGUUGUUCUAUGUUUGAGAAGGUUUUCUUGGCCUCAAAAUGGUUAUAUUCUUACAAAAUAAAAAGAAUAAGACGACAAGUUUUCAAAAGUUUCAGUAGAAUGUUACCUAAUUCAGGUACUGCGAAGCGAAGUACGUGAGAGUUACCUGUGAAAAUUGUGUAUGAGUUUGUUAUGUGUGUGCAAAUUACUAUAUCUAUGUGCGCAUAUAAUGCAGUUAGGACUAAGGCUCUUUCACACUAGCGUAGGCGAUGAUCGAAAGUUAUUGCGCCAUAUUGAUUUGCGUUGCACUGAAACUUUGGGUUUACAAAAUUUUAACGCCAGUGUGAAGGGAUUAUAAAGGUCGCGUGAUUCGUUAAGAAUGGCGGUGGUUUUGUUUUCUAUUGUAUACCUCUGGAAAUUUGGAAAAGGAAACAGUUGUGCAGUAGUGUCACUAGAUGGCGCUGUUUCAAUUCCUUGGAAAUUCGCGUUUACGUUUACGCGAUAGUCACAGUAUGAAAACUGCCACUUGGCACACUGAACGUUCUUUAAGUAUUGCGCGAUCGCUUCAUGCAAAGUUACGCUUACAAAGCCACUAGGUUGUGCGCACGAUUGCAGCAAUAUUUAAUUGUUAAGGAUUUUUUAUACGUUAUUACCGAAAAAUGUAUGUUCGGUUGUUGAUAUAAGGCACCUAGCACACUGCGCGGCCACGAUCACGACCGGAGACCAUAGAGAAGUUAACUGAAGAAACCAUAUUGUUCUAAGGUGUCAAUUUACAUUACGACUUUCAUCGAAAUUUUAUUGCAUGAAAAAUAUUUUAUAUUGUGAAUAAAAUAUAUUGCAAGUGAUGGUCGUCUUGUAUAGGGAUCCUCUGUGAACAUCGCGCACUUGGCCGCAAACCGGGCCGGAACGACUGGUUGCGACCAAGCGACGUACUAGAGUAUACUAAAGUGUUUAUCAGAUAGCAUGGGCAAGGUGUCAUUCGUCUGUAUGACGUUCAUAAUACGUACUAUUAUCGUGAAUCGCGGCAAAUUUUUCAAGAGUGAAACAAACUGUCACCCGCACUAUGCUAUAUGAAAUGAACUGCGCUGUACUGUUGCGCGGGUAGAUUAACAACAGCAGUAAUCCGACAUUUGGCCGCGUUCGUGGUCUUGGCCGCAGCUAAACCGCAGCUUUUGCGACCACGGCCAACGUUUAUUAGUGGUGGUCCUAGUGCGUUAGUUGUAAAACUGCUGUAAGGGCGUCAACACGCGGACCGACUUAGUCGCGGUAAGUGGUGUGCACAGGGUAAGCAUUUGUUUAUGUUUACACGUUUGAUAUGUAACACUAUAAUAUUUAACAAUAACCAAAACAACAAACAAAUGAGAUAAUUUAUUUUAUCUUUGUCUUGUUUAUAUCUCUGUUUUAUGUAUGUAAUGUGUAAUGUAAUGUAAAAUCAGGAGCAUUUUGUUUUAGCUGGUGGGAAAUAGGGAGAAUAAUCGUUUAAAUUUCAGUUAUUGUUGUAGAUAUCCAUAAAUUUGAUAACGGAAUAAAGCGUGACGAAUUUUAAGGUUUUUUUUAUGUACCUAUCACAUAAUUCUUUUUUCCAUUUGGAGGCCGGUGAUUUUUUGCCUCUAUGAAAUGCUCGCGCCACUUAGGUCGGUCGCUUUGAUUGUUGCUUGUAAAGGUUUAUUAAAACUUAUGAUUUCCGCAAACUACAGAUUAUUCGAUCACAUGACAAUUCCACUUACCGUAAAUUACUAAAUUGGGGACUAAAUUAAGCCACCUACAGUUUGGUAAACUCGUAAAAUUUUUGACAUAUUUUAUAGAGGUAAUGUUUGUGGUGUUGUAGGGGGUAAUAUCUGGAUCUACGAAACCGAUUCUGAAAAUUCAUUUACCACUAAUAAAUAAAUAAUAAGCCACAUUAUUAGUGGUGUCAUAGGCUAUAUUUUAUCCCCGUAUUCUCACGAGAACGGGAACUAAACGAGUGAAACCGCGGUGCGUCGGCUACUAAUGUAAUAAUCCUUUGUUAUCUUGUAAUUAAGGGUUGUGUCCUUAAAAGUCGAGACUUGCUGACGACAGUUUGCACUUGCGACAAUAUUGUCGCGCGAUCGUUCAGUCUGCAGUGUGUGGGAGCGCUUGAAAUUGUUAAAAUCGUUUUAAUUUGUAGAUAUAAUACAAUUAUAGAUGAUCUUUGAUUGAUAUAUUAUUGAUUGCGGAUAUUAUGUAAAUAAAAGGGAAUAAGUGAAUCAAAACA